AACGAAUGAACAUAAUCCCCACCAUCCAGGUGCCUCUCCUUUCUUUCAAUUGAUUUCUUUCACUUUCAGCUUUUCAAAGCUCCGGCAAGGGUCGCUGGUACGCCCGUCUGUAUUAAAAGUUGUACAUUCUUGCAAUAUCGUCCUCUCGACUUCUAUUCUCUUUUACGCUUAUCGAUAGCCCAUCCAUUGCUCGGCCAUCUCCUUCCUGUCUCCAGAUCAUGACGACCUUUGUAUACGCGCAACGUCAAUAAACAACUAGGAAAAAGAGAAGGGAUCAAUUGGACCGAUAAUUCCAAUCAUGUUAGCCUCACGGCUACCAAGGACAGCCUGUUCGGCCUCGCAGUUGCUCCGCCGUUCGCCAUGCUCCGCCAGUGUCGCGUGGCCUCGAGCCAGUCCAAUUGGAAUACCACAAUCACGAAUCUUCACGACAACGACACGUCUUCUUAAGGACGAAGCUCAUAAACAAUCAACGCACAAGGUCGAGCACCACAAAGCUCCUCCGGGAAAUGCUCAGCCGCCAAAGGCACCCGGUGCUUCGGCGCCGAAGAAGCAAGACAUUCUGCUGUCCGAGCAGAACUUGACAAAGCAAGAACAGAGAAGGGCGGAUUGGACUAUAAUAAAGGAAAUGUCACGAUAUUUGUGGCCAAAGGAUAACCUAGGCACCAAAGUCAGAGUGAGCGUUGCUGUUGCAUUGCUCGUCAGUGCAAAGGUUCUCAAUGUGCAAGUGCCCUUCUACUUCAAGAGCAUCGUCGAUUCCAUGAAUAUAGAUUUUGCUGCGCUGGGAGGAACUGCAACCACUGUAGCUGGUGCAAUGAUCAUCGCAUAUGGUGCAUCGCGAAUUGGGGCGGUCAUAUUUCAGGAGCUCCGAAAUGCCGUCUUUGCGAGCGUCGCGCAAAAGGCUAUCCGAAAUGUUGCAUGCAAUGUUUUUGAACAUUUACUACGACUGGAUCUCAACUUCCAUCUUACACGCCAAACUGGAGGUCUGACCAGGGCCAUGGACCGCGGCACAAAAGGCAUCAGCUUCCUCUUGACAUCCAUGGUGUUUCACAUCUUGCCAACUGCAUUGGAAAUUUCCAUGGUGUGCGGUAUUUUGACGUAUCAAUAUGGCGCCAAGUUUGCCGCAAUUACCGCAGCCACCAUGGUCGCAUACACGGCGUUUACGAUUACGACCACCUCCUGGCGUACCCAGUUCCGCAAGCGUGCGAAUGCUGCAGACAACAAGGGAGCCACAGUCGCGGUUGACUCGUUGAUCAACUACGAGGCCGUCAAGUAUUUCAACAAUGAGAAAUUCGAAGUGGGCCGAUACGACAAGGCUCUGACUGCGUAUGAACAACAAUCCAUCAAAGUUGCCACGUCGCUUGCGUUCCUCAACUCUGGUCAGAACAUCAUCUUUUCGUCGGCCUUGACCGCCAUGAUGUGGCUAGCUUGCAAUGGAGUCGCCAAUGGCAGCUUGACGGUCGGUGACUUGGUCAUGGUCAAUCAGCUAGUCUUCCAGCUCUCGGUGCCCCUCAACUUUUUGGGUUCGGUGUACCGUGAAAUGCGACAGUCCUUGCUUGACAUGGAGACGCUCUUUAACUUGCAAAAGGUCAAUGUGGCCGUCAAAGAGCCCGAGAACCCGAAACCGCUGCUUCUCUCCAAGGGCGAGAUCAAGUUUGAAAAUGUCACGUUUGGCUACCACCCCGAUCGGCCCAUUUUGAAGAAUCUCAACCUCACGAUUCCCGGCGGCAAAAAGGUUGCUAUUGUCGGACCCAGUGGGUGCGGCAAGUCGACCAUUCUCCGAUUACUUUUCCGAUUCUAUGAUGUGCAGUCUGGUCGCAUCCUUGUUGAUGGUCAGGAUAUUCGGGACGUGAGCCUGGAGAGCUUACGCAAGUCUAUUGGUGUUGUGCCACAGGACACUCCACUGUUCAACAAUACGAUUGAACACAACAUUCGCUAUGGCAAUCUGCAGGCGACUGAGGAGCAGGUGCACGAAGCAGCUACGCGAGCUCGGAUCGACGAGAUUAUCCGAUCAUUCCCUGAUGGGUAUCAGACCAUGGUGGGAGAACGAGGAAUGAUGAUUUCGGGUGGUGAAAAGCAGCGGUUGGCCGUCUCUCGACUUCUCCUCAAGGACCCGCCACUGCUCUUUUUUGAUGAGGCCACCUCGGCACUUGACACUCAUACGGAGCAGUCAUUGCUCUCAAAUAUCAACGGCAUUUUGAGAGAAAAGAAGCGGACCAGUGUUUUUGUUGCACACCGAUUACGCACCGUCUACGAUAGCGAUUGUAUCAUUGUGCUGCGGGCGGGCAGCGUGGCCGAAAGCGGCACGCAUAGCCAGCUGAUUGACACGAAUGGCGUAUACUCGCAGCUCUGGAGUGCCCAGGAAACGCUUCUUCUGGACGACGAGGAAGCUGCCGAAGAAGAGCAAAGGGAAGAAGCCGAAGAGGAACGGAUCGAAGAGGGUGCCGCAAAGAAAUAAUGUCAGUAUUGCUAUGAUCUAUGACGGCACAACAAUCCAUUCAUCUAGGUUCCGACGGGAUGGUAGAUUUCAUCAGUUGUAUUAUCCGUUCCUUUUCUCGACAUUGAAAGUUGAUUACCAUUUUUCUGUACAUAUUACUUAUACCAAUGAUCAGUAUACCGUUUAUUCAAAG